AUGAAAACGACGUACCUAACCUCCCUCAGCACGACCCUCAGCCCCUUCUCCCCCCACGGCAAAGUGCCACGCCUGGUUCUGACCCUCCUCCCCGCCGACGCCCGCUCGCGCAUCGCCAUCAAAACCACUCUUUUACCACGCUCCAGCGCCCUCACCAGCCCGGCAACCCUCGAGCUGGGCUUCAAGGAUGGCAAGAAGAUGCAGUGGAGAUGGGAGCCCAAGCGGAGACUGAAGGAACAUGAGGAAGGGCAAAGGCAAGAGGCGGCCAAACUCAAAGAUGUGGUAGAGGAGGUGGAAAGGCAUUGGAGGGGACUGAAUCGGAAGGAGGAGUUGGCUGGUUGA